AUGGCUGCUACGCUACCACUGGAGCUACUCAUCCAGAUAGCAACAUUUCUCGAGAGUACGGGCGCCCCCUCACUCCGUCACCAGGAGCUUCCUGAAGAGCUUGGAUUCGACACACUGACAAUCCAACUGGAAGAUUAUACCACCGAUAACGAAGUACAAAGAGACAACGACCGUGCAUUCCAGUCCGGUAUCAUCGCCCUCUUCAGGACGCUUAGUGACUGGGACCCAGGUCUUCGCCUCACACUGCAACUAUUGAUCUCAGGUCGGGAAGAGACGCUCGAGCCAAAUACAUACGAUUGUACAUUUACCGGACCGGUUCCCUGGAGCUUCCCAGACGAAUGGAUACUGGCUGUUCCUUUUUAUCGGGCAUCGUUCGGUCACAGUGACCCACCUACGCUCCCAGUUGUCCCAUGUAUGGACCAACUUCGAUUCUCAGACAACUCUGAGUUCGAUUUCCUUUCUGAGAUUUGGCGGCUGAACAUGCAAGAGCAUGUCAAGCCAGAUCAUUUGAACUAUAUCCAAGCUCGUCGUCGGGGGAAUAAACUCACUUCCACCGACUCUCAGAGACUUGGAACUUUAAGUUCAUUCGAGUACCCUUGGAAGUGGUCGAUGCCUGGGCUGAAUCUUCUGGGAUGCGAUCACGACAUGCUGUCUCUCAACCUUCGCAACCUCAGCAUCAAUCUCAGACGGUUAAACCUGGAUGAGGUAUCGCUUGCAGCUGACGUUCUGUUCCCCCUUGAUGAACAAGGGAAUCCCUUACCGGAAAGCCUGUCGCUUCACUGGCCACAUCUUGAGGUUCUCAACCUCUGUGUGCCGCCAGUUCUCCCCACCGGUAAGCAUUCCUCCAACAUGGCAACAAUCCACAUCUCACCGUCAUUCAUAGGCAGAUGGGUUACUCUUCACCUCCCCGAGCGACAAAAGGAGCUCGAUGCAAUAGAGGACUGGUCGGGCAUCAUUCGGGACGUGGAAAGGGGAAACGGAAACCGUGAACUCUUGGAUACUGAACAUUUCCAGCGAGUCCUCAUCUCUCUCGGUCAUGCCGCCCGCCGGAUGCCUAAAUUGACCUCACUGGACUAUGCAAUCGAUUGCAGUCCCCAGUUUGAACUUAGCGUGGUGUUCAUUCCGUAUGAAAGUGCAGACCUGAUCUUGUACUCUAAACAUCGACCUGAUAAACGCGCUGCUAUGGCUUGGAAUUGCCCAUUCGAGAACCUCCCUGCGACUGUGGGAAUACCCUGGGGUCUGACAGCAGUCAUCUCACCAUGGCCUCCGGUUUGGGUGAUACUUUGCACCACAUUUUAUGUGGUUUUCUUCUCUUUACAGUGA